GUGAGCGCGCGGGGCUGGGGCGCGCGGCGGCGCUGGGCAGGCCGAGGUCGCGGUGGCUGGCCGGAUCCCUGCUGGCUCCGCGCGCCGGGGCGGCCAUCUCCCCGAAUCCCCGAGCCCUUCACCUUCCCGCGUGUCAGCGGUCACCCCCUCUUCGCACUGCCUGUCCAAGCCCUGCUGAUGCCGCACCUGCCUCGGGCCUCUUUCCGGCCCUGGAGGCUGAGGCCCUCGCGGGGCCUCCCCGGGUCCCAUGCCCUUUCUACCCAGUCCGAGCCCUACGGGUCCCCCACCUCCCGGAGGAACCGCGAAGCCAAACAGAAACGCCUGCGAGAGAAGCAGGCGGCGCUGGAGGCCGGGCUAGCCGGGAAGAGCAAGGCACCUGCAGAAUCCAGUAAGGCCUGGACUCCUAAAGAAAUAGUGUUGUAUGAACUCCCCACGGAACCCGGCGAAAAGAAAGAUGUCUCCCGGCCCCUGCCCGCUGCCUACAGCCCCCGCUACGUGGAGGCGGCCUGGUACCCUUGGUGGGUGCGAGAGGGCUUCUUCAAACCCGAGUAUCAGACCAGGCUGCCCCAGAGCACCGGGGAGACCUUUUCCAUGUGCAUCCCCCCGCCCAACGUCACCGGGUCCCUGCACGUCGGGCACGCACUGACUGUGGCCAUCCAGGACGCGCUUGUGCGCUGGCACCGGAUGCGCGGGGAUUGCGUGCUGUGGGUCCCUGGCUCAGAUCAUGCAGGGAUUGCUACCCAAGCUGUGGUGGAGAAGCAGCUGUGGAAGGAGCGCGGGCUGAGGAGACACGAGAUGGGCCGGGAAGACUUCCUCCGGGAGGUGUGGAAGUGGAAGGAGGAGAAAGGGGGAGAGAUCUGUGGGCAGCUGCGAGCUCUGGGGGCCUCCCUGGACUGGGACCGAGAGUGCUUCACUAUGGACGCAGGCUCCUCAGUGGCUGUGACGGAAGCUUUCGUGCGACUCCACAAGGCAGGGUUGUUGUACCGCAGCCGGCAGCUUGUCAACUGGUCGUGCGCUUUGAGGUCAGCCAUCUCGGAUGUCGAGGUGGAGAGCCGGUUCCUGCCUGGCCCCACAGAGCUUCGGCUGCCUGGCUGCCCCACCCCUGUGUCUUUCGGCCUCCUGGUCUCUGUGGCCUUCCCCGUGGAUGGAGAGCCUGACGCAGAGGUCGUGGUAGGGACCACGAGACCAGAGACAUUGCCUGGAGACGUGGCAGUGGCUGUUCAUCCCGAUGACGCCCGAUACACACAUCUACAUGGGCGACACCUUCGUCACCCCUUGACAGGGCAGCUUCUCCCGCUCGUCACAGACUCUGCUGUCCAGCCGCACGUGGGCACGGGGGCAGUGAAGGUGACUCCAGCGCACAGCCCUGCUGACGCCGAGCUGGGGGCCCGCCACGGCCUGCGCCCCCUGAGUGUCAUUGCGGAGGAUGGGACCAUGGCCCCCGCCUGUGGGGACUGGCUGCAGGGUCUGCACCGCUUCGUGGCCCGGGAGAAGAUCCUGUCCGCGCUGAGGGAGCGGGGCCUGCUCCGGGGCCUCCAGAGCCACCCCAUGGUGCUGCCCAUUUGCAGCCGCUCGGGGGACGUGGUGGAGUACCUGCUGAAGAGCCAGUGGUUCGUCCGCUGCCGGGAAAUGGCGGCCCGCGCUGCGCAGGCUGUGGAGUCGGGGGCCCUGGAGCUGAGCCCAUCCUUCCACCAGAAGACCUGGCGGCUCUGGUUCUCCCGCCCUGAGGACUGGUGCGUCUCCCGGCAGCUGUGGUGGGGCCAUCGGAUUCCAGCCUACCUGCUCGUGGGGGAGCCCGGGAAGGUGGGCCACGGGGAGGACCGCUGGGUGGUCGGGCGGACGGAGGCUGAGGCCAGGGAGGCAGCGGCAGCGCUGACGGGGCUGCCGGGGGAAGAGCUGACCCUGGAGCGCGACCCCGAUGUCCUGGACACGUGGUUCUCUUCAGCUCUUUUCCCCUUUUCUUCCCUGGGCUGGCCCCAGCAGACCCCAGACCUCACUCGCUUCUACCCCCUGUCACUUCUGGAGACCGGCAGCGACCUCCUGCUGUUCUGGGUGGGCCGCAUGGUCAUGCUGGGGACCCAGCUCACGGGGCAGCUCCCCUUCAGCAAGGUGCUUCUGCACUCCAUGGUUCGGGACAGGCAGGGCCGGAAGAUGAGCAAGUCCCUGGGGAACGUGCUGGACCCACGGGACAUCAUCCGAGGGGCGGAGCUGCAGGUGCUGCAGGAGAAGCUGAGGGAUGGGAACUUGGACCCCGCAGAGCUGGCGAUCGCAGCUGCAGCGCAGAGAAAGGACUUCCCUCAUGGGAUCCCCGAGUGUGGGACAGAUGCCCUGCGCUUCGCCCUGUGCUCCCAUGGGGCCCUGGCGGGGGACCUGCACCUGUCUGUCUCUGAGGUCCUGAGCUCCCGACAUUUCUGCAACAAGGUCUGGAAUGCCCUGCGCUUUAUCUUCAGCGCCCUAGGGGAGAACUUCACGCCGCAGCCUGCAGAGGAGCUGUGCCCCGCGUCCCCCAUGGACGCCUGGAUCCUGAGCCGCCUGGCCCGCACCGCCCGGGAGUGCGAGCGAGGCUUCCUCACCCGGGAGCUGCCCCUUGCCACCCAUGCCCUGCACCACUUCUGGCUCCACAGCCUCUGUGACGUCUACGUGGAGGCCGUGAAGCCGGGGCUGUCGCACGGCCCCCGCCCGCCUGGGCCGCCUCAGGUGCUGUUCUGCUGUGCGGACGUCGGUCUCCGCCUGCUGGCCCCGUUCAUGCCCUUCCUGGCCGAGGAGCUCUGGCAGAGGCUGCCCCCCGGGCCGGGCGGCCCCCGUGCCCCCAGCAUCUCUGUUGCCCCCUAUCCCAGUGCCCAAAGCCUGGAGCGCUGGCACUGCCCCCAGCUGGAGCGGCGCUUUUCCCGGGUCCAGGAGGCCGUGCAGGCGCUGAGGGCUCUCCGGGCCACGUACCAGCUCACCAAGGCCCGGCCCCGAGUGCUGCUGCAGAGCUCCGAGCCUGGAGAGCAGGAUGUCUUCGAGGCCUUCCUGGAGCCGCUGGGCACCCUGGGCCGCUGCGGGGCUGUGGGCCUCUUGCCCGCAGGUGCAGCUGCCCCCUCCGGCUGGGCCCAGGCCCCGCUCAGUGACAGCGUUCAGGUCUACAUGGAGCUGCAGGGCCUGGUGGACCCGCAGGCCCAUCUGCCUCUGCUGGCUGCCCGAAGGCACAAGUUGCAGAAGCAGCUGGACGGCCUCGUGGCCCGGACCCCGUCAGAGGGGGAGGCCGAGACUCGGCGGCAGCAGAGGCUUUCUUCCCUCCACCUGGAAUUGUCGAAACUGGACCAGGCGGCCUCUCACCUCAGGCAGCUGAUGGCGGCGUCUCCCAGCCCCAGGGAACCGUGAGCCCUCGCACCUGGCGCUUCUCCGCCGCCAGACCUGCCUGUGAGGACAGACUGAUCCUGCAGUGCCCGGCAAGGGGGCCUCGGAACCCCUGUGGUGCCCCUGGCUCCCGGGAGCAGACCAGCGUGGCCACUCGACGCUCGCACUCCUGGAAGCCCGUGCAGCCCCACCUGGAAGCUUGGGCACGAGGAAGGCAGAUAAACUUAGUCUCGAACGCGA